GCGCCAGGCGCCCGCCCAGGCUCUCCGCUGGGGCGAGCGCCGCAUGGAGCCCACGGGCUUCCCUGGCCCAGUGGCUCCGUUCCCCUCGUUUCCAGUGAGCCCUUGCUCCAUGCAGGGAGAACUGGCGAAUCUAAUGGAUCUGAUCGACGAUAUUGGGUGUCGGACACCCCCGCUCGGGAUCACCUGGCUGCAGACGUCCUUCAACCUCAACCGACGUUGCAGAGGUAACCUUCUCAAGCUUGCCAUGGCACCCGGACUGUCCGCUCUGAGCCUGGUGCUUGCCGCAACUUCGGCCGCGGCUGACGUGGCGGCCCCGGAUCUUCUGCCGCGCGGUGCUCAGAACGCCAGCGCGGGUGCGGUUCUCGGGGUACCCCCGCCCCCGUCCGGCGCGUGGAAUGCGAUCGGGGGCCGCUACUGCAACUUGCUCAGCUACUCGCCGAUCGACACCCUGGACCAGGCCAAGUAUGCCUGUUCCUGCGACACGAGCGGAGCCUGUGGAGGCGUCUACCAUCAUUCUGGGCGGCCGUGGACGGGUGCGGCCAUGGGCAAGUACUACUUGUGCAAGAGGGAGCCCUUGACUUGCGAGGAGACCGCGGAUGUGCAGUUCCUGCAGACGUCUGUGCAUGGGCCGGACGGUUUCGAGGCCGCAGAGCUACGGACUGAAGACUCCACGGACCUGGCGUAUUACCUGGCAUUGGACAUUACGACCCAGAGCAACGAGUUUUUGUACAACGGCGCCGCAUGGUUCCUGCAGACGUCUGUGCAUGGGCCGGACGGUUUCGAGGCCGCAGAGCUACGGACUGAAGACUCCACGGACCUGGCGUAUUACCUGGCAUUGGACAUUACGACCCAGAGCAACGAGUUUUUGUACAACGGCGCCGCAUGGUUCCUGCAGACGUCUGUGCAUGGGCCGGACGGUUUCGAGGCCGCAGAGCUACGGACUGAAGACUCCACGGACCUGGCGUAUUACCUGGCAUUGGACAUUACGACCCAGAGCAACGAGUUUUUGUACAACGGAGGCGUCGACGCCAGCACCAACGCCAGCACCGACGACGUCAUUGUCCUCCGCCACCGGAUGGCCACCCUGCUGGUGACCCUGAUGUCGGUGAUGUUGGCUUGCUACGUGCUCUUCGACCCCGACCCGAGGGGCAAGUGGUCCCUCUGGUGCGAGGCGAAGGAGGCCAGGACCGCCCCGCGCAGCGGAGGGGUCGCCUCGGUGCUGACUGCCUCGGCCGACCUCACCGCCAGGAUCUGGUCCGCACACUCCGGGGAGUGCCUGCGCACGCUGGAGGAGGCGCAGGGCUGCCUGACGUUUGCGGCAUUCGCGCACGACGGGCAGGAGGUGCUGACGGUUUCGAACUUCCGCACCGCGAAGAUCUGGCCUGCGCGCGCAGGGGAGAGCGCGCGCGUGCUCUUCGAGACCCACGGGACCGACAGCGUGCAGUCCGCCGUGUUCUCCCCGAGCGGGGCGGAGGUGCUGGCCGUCGGGACUCACGCGGCGACGCUCUGGUCGGCGUGGUCUGGGCAGUGCCUGCGCACGCUGGGGUGCUGCCAGGACGGCUGCCUGACCUCCGCGGUGUUCUCCCCGGAUGGGCGCGAGGUGCUGACGGCCUCGACCGGCGGCGCGGCGAGGAUCUGGUCUGCGGGCUCCGGGCAGUGCCUGGACACGCUGAGGCUCCACUCGGCCGGCGUGCG